UAUUGUUGUUCUUUUUGAGAUCGUCGCGACGAUCGUCAGGUACGAGCUAGAAGUAUAUACAUAUCACUUUUGGAGGAACUUCUGUUUUUCUUUUUUGCUUUUUUUUAUCUUAUCGCAUUGCCUAUAAGUUUGCAUGCUGGAACUUUAUCCUAUUUUCUAUCACUUUAGAUCCAUUAUUAUUAUUACCUCUUAACACCUCUUUUUUCUGCAAAAGAAAAAAAAAACAAAGAAAAGAAAAUAUAUACAUCCACCACUCCAACAAAAUGCCACCAUCCACCCAAACCCUCAUAUCAUCCAUGACCGACUUCGUAACAGACUACAUGUCCGAUCACGACCCCUCCCACAACCUCGCCCACAUCCACCGCGUGGUUCAUCUCGCCCAAACGAUCCUCAAAUCCGAACAGACCCUAUCGCCAACAACAACCCCCUACGACUCCACCAUCGUCACUCUCUCCGCUCUUCUCCACGAUAUCGGAGAUCGGAAAUACCUGCCCCCUUCCACUUCCACUUCCAACAACAACAAUCCUAAUCCCCAAACAGCCGUCCAACAGGCCCUCCUCGAAGCAGGUGCGGACGACUCGCUCGCCGCGCGCGUCCAAACCAUCGUCUCGAACGUGUCGUAUACGAAUGAGACGAAAGAUCCCGAGAAAGUGCGCCGUCUGAUUGAUGAAGAGGGGUAUAGGGAGCUUGCGAUCGUGCAGGAUGCGGAUCGGCUCGAUGCGAUAGGGGCCGUGGGGAUUGGGCGCUGUUUCACGUUUCUAGGGGCGCAGGGGAAGAAGCAUGUUGCGCCUGGGGGGGAGUGGGUGAUGGAUGGGGCGAUUGAGCAUUUUGUGGAGAAGCUGGAACGGUUGGAGGGGAUGAUGAAGACGGAGACGGGGAAGAGGAUGGCGAGGGUGAGGACGGAGAGGCUGAGGGUUUUUAGGGGUUGGUGGGAAGAAGAGACUGGGUUUAGAGCUGAGGCAGGGACGGUCUGACGGGUUGA